UCAUUUCCGGUGGAAUAUUCCAGCGGAUUUAUUCUUGGUCUUUAAAAGGACACGCUGAAAACCCGACUUCGAAGUUGAAAGGUAAACGGCCUAUGUUAUGCAUGCAGUAGUCAGUGUAGUAACUCAAAAUACGGGAAGUCAGUGAAGGGACACAGAGAUCAACCGAGUGAUAAAGGGAAGAAAGAACCAACAAGCUCGUGCGCACGUACAGUCUCCGUCAUUGGAUUUAUCUAUAUUUUGUAAUCUUUGGAGGUCCUUUCAGCUGUGAGCCAGAGACAAUCAUGAUCCUGCUGUCUCCCUCCUCUGAUGAAGAGUGUCUUGAACUCGCCUGGCUUUGGAAUCACAGGAAGUUCAGGGUGAAAAACACUUGAAGGGUUGCUACUGCAACAUUUAAAAAUCUUAAAAUUUUGCAGGUCAUUUAUCUGUGCAUUCUGUCUUGGACAGUACUAUGACUUGAGAGAAAGCCAUAAACUCACAAGAGAGGAGGCAUACAGGAAACACUGGUUUCUUUGUUGUUCUUCAUUUAAAAACAUCACAGCUUUGUGGGGGGAGGAAGACGCUUUUGGAUGGGGCGAGCCAGUAUCCGCAGUCAUUCAUUUUACUAACUGCACUUCAAACACACUUCAUUAAACUGUUCAAAUUGGCUUUAUACCCCAAUGCAGUUUGGUAUUUUAGAAUAUACUGUGUGUUAUUAAAAACAAGGAGAGGUUGUAGAUCUAUCUUUAUACCACAAUCCCCAUUAGAGUGUUAGCUACAGUGGUAUUAAUAGCUUUCAAUACUGAGGUAUGUGCUUGCUGCUGCUAAGUCCUUAUCUCAGAUCACCACUUGUGAUCAGGCUAAUAGAUCUCACGUCUGGUACGUGUCUAUAGAGUAGGUCCAACUCAAUCUCACUCUAGCCAUUGGUGUAUGUGGUAGUCCCCUAAAUGUUCAUUUCCCACACCAGUAUUUGUGCGUAUUUGACCCCUAAUAUGAUUACUAUUGAGUGCUAACACUCCACAUGCAUCCUGUUCAGACAUGUAUCCUUUUGAUGUUUUUCCUUUUCAAAUAUUAUCUUUUAAUAUGACAUUUUGAAGUUUACUGCAUGCUGCUUUUAGUUCAAAUGUUCUAAUGAUGUUUAUUGCAUAGAUAUAACUGAUAAUGUAAUGAGUAGAUAAUGAGACACUGUAAUGUUGCAUGCUAUAGGCUGCGAAUGAACGAAUGUACAGUAACAAAUGCAUUUUAGUGAUCUGAAAGUGGAUGAAUGUAUCGUAAGGUCGGUCUUCGUCCAAUAAACAUACGUCUUGGUAAGUGAUGCUUCUUUUACAUUAGACAGGGAAAUCACUUUUGAAUUAAUAUUUUGUUUUAUAAAACACACACACACACACACACACAUGUAUGCUACAAUAUCCUGCCAUAUGUGUUCCCACUAGUGUACAAAAUAUUGUAUAAAUGAAUACAUAAUAUAUAAAUUCAUCUAUAACUGGUAAAGCUUUAAGGAUACUUUCAGAAUCUUUACACAUUUUUCCUUUCAUUUCAACUGAAGUUUGACUCAAACUGGGAUAUAAUUAUUUAACUAUCCCCAAUUUAGACACCUUCAUCAAAAGGUCAGCUGGUAUGGUCACCCAAUGAUAGUGGAGAUUUAGCUUUUAUCCUUAGCAGGGCAGGGGUUAUUGACAUAACACAGACAAUUACUAACUGCUGUUGUUGUGUGGUCUAAGGUCUCUUCCAGUGUACCAACAAGCUCUUUCUGAGUGAUGGAGCCACGGGACUCCAGAUCAAAGAGUUUGCACGUAAAAAUGCAGCCAAUGCUCUGUCCGUUGCUAACAUGGUCAUGGGCAUUGCCUCCAUUCUCAGCAGUCUAAAUGGGCACCAUCAUGCUGCAUGUUGGCUGGUUCUGAUUGGCUACCUUCUGGAUUUGGCAGAUGGAGCAGUUGCCAGGCGACUCGGUGCCUGCUCUGCACUGGGUGCGAAGCUUGAUGAUUUUGCUGACUUCACAACCUUUGGGAUUGCCACUUCAUUGCUCCUAAGGACAACUGACCUGCUGGACAACAUCCUAUGUGUGUGUUACGUCCUGUCGGUGUUUGUCCGUCUGUGUUUCUUUACAAGUGGGAUCCCAUUCAUGUAUCGCGGACUGCCCUGCAUCUACUCCUCAGCCAUCCUGGCCAGUGCCUCUAUACUGUCAGGGGGGAAUCUGGCCCUGCUCCGGGUCAUUGCAGUGGCCAUGAUCCUCUUUAUGAUCAGCCAGAACUUCUACCCCCACGACAGAGUACUGGAGUCCCAGGCCUGGAAGAAAGGCGUCUACGCUGGAGGAAUUGUCAUGGUGUUCUGCUCAUCAUUCCCCCCUGCAUGUGUGUACUAUCUGCUGUGGUCAGUCUCCUACAUUUUGUUCCCAACAUCCCUUUGGAGCAGUAAAGUGUAAAAUGGGUGCUGGCUUUGUCCAAAACUCCCAUGUAGGUUAGCCUCUAUGGCCCAUCUGGGUGAACUGAGGCUUCCAGACUGCUGCUGCUCCCUACUGCCAUGGAGGAUCCAAGCUGAAACAUGCUCAUGUUCCACAAGCGAACACUUGCUCUAUUUGACCUUCAUUUUGAUGUAACACCUCUAAAACAGAGCCCAGAUUCAAGAGAGUUAGAGUGAGGGAUGAGAAGUGCAUUUUAAUGUUACUAAAGUUUGGAUGAGCCUUCAUGCUGUCUUUUGUCUGUGCUGCAUUUUCAGAUGUCAGAUGGCUUGUUCCACAAAUGUUCAUCAAGUUCAUCUCCCGUGUAAUCUCUCACUUCAAAAUUAACCAGUCUUUCGUCAAUGUUGUGAACACGCAGCAGUAGUGCCACUCAUUUUCUCAAAGGAUGAUAUCAAAAGAAAUUAUUUCAAAUUAAAUAAUUACGUAUUUUAAUAGAUUUUUGCUUCUAAUUUGGUUUUUAAAAUAUUUAAUUGUCUAAUCACACAGGAUCAUAACUCUUAUUAUGAUGUGUCUUGAGCAUAGUUUAAUGAGUAACUGUUUGAGUGCUACAGUAUGUAGGUAAAGCCUUUAAUCAAUCAUAUACAAGAUUUCUCAGCAGCAUUUUACGAGAUUCAAAUUUCAUGUCCUGUCUUCUUUAUAACACAGUAACAGGCGUUCAUACAGCUCUUAUCACCAAUUUUGAGUUAACUGUUAAUGUUUGUAUCAGGUAUGAGGUCACAUCACUUUCACAGUAUUCAGGUCAGAAUGUGGGUUUCCUCAUAAUCCACCUUUUCCAUUUUGUAGGGGUCUAAAAUCCAGUGACUUACAGUAAGAAAUGUUCGAACGUAAUGGUGCAGUCAUUCCUAAUAUUAGAUUUGCUGUUUGAAUGUUUUCAAAAUGCUUCUAUGUUUCUUCUGUCAUUUUAUUUGGUCAUUGUAUGUGUUUGCCUCUGUUUUAAGAGGCAUUGCAGUUUAUAUAGUAAAUCCACACUGGACCACGUCUAUGGUAGCCGUUAAAUUAAGGUGGAUUCAGAAAUGCAACAACAUGUGGGGGCACAUACAGCAGUUUUCUGCCUUGUGAUUCAAUGUGAAUGUACCCUUAAAGAGCAACAACACACAGGCUACCCUCGCUGCAAAUUCUGCCUCCACCUUAAAGGUGUUGUAACAUUGCACUACAUGACCUCUUCUAGUCAUGACGCAGCAUUGACACGUAAAACCAACGAGGAAGUUUCACAAUGUGUAAUUAUGCCUCCUUGCACUACGUGUGUGUGACAAAUGUUGAAAUUAUACAGUAAACCCAUAUUUAAUUUUGACCCACCCACAACUUUAGUUCAGUGAUUUUAAUGAUAGCUUUAAUGAUUUUAACCCUCUUUAUAAACAAUAUCAGAAACUGAAAGACAUGAACUUUUGUAUUAAUUUUGUUUUUAAAACUCUACGUAGGAGACUCAUUUAGAAAACUUACAGAAUGCUAACUAUGAGUUUAUUAAUUGAGUUUCCCUCAUAGAGUUUUCUGAUGGAAAACUAAAGCAGAUUUUCCUAAAUCAAGAGAAUGAAACUAAAGCCCAUGUUUUCUGCUUCUGAUAUUGGAUCUAAACCCAUAGUGGUCCUUGACCUGGUUACAAUAACCAAUGUUGAAGAAAUCUCAAAUGUAAAGUGCAGAGUAGGGCUGGGGCUAUAUGGCUGAAGUUUUGUAUUCCAAUAGUGGUCAUUUGAUAUCCCCAUAACGAUACAGUAUGUAGGAUGUUUUCUGGUAAUUUAAUUUUAAAAAGUCUAAAUGCAAUAACCACAUGGUAAUGCCUAUUCUUGUUUACUCCUGUGUCAAAUGAAAUACCUGACAAAGAGUACUGACUAUUUCCCCAUUUAAUUCAGAACUUUAGUGCAAAAUCAUAAAAUCUUCAGAAAUUUAUUUUAGUUGCUAUGUGCUUGUUAUUAGCGAUUUAGACAAUAUAAUCGUGUAUCAUGAUAUCUUGAUGUAUGUUUUAAUGAUGAUUUGAUUAAAUAGAAAGACAAGGAAUUAUCAUAUUGAGUUAUUGCCCAGCCCUAGACUCAGACUGAACACAAAUCUACUGUGGUACGUUCUGCUUUCCUGUGUGAGUGUUUUGGUUUUCAAACUGUAAAGCUACAGUCAUGUACGCAUGCAAAGAGCAUUACAAAUACAAACAUUGUACUUUGCCCAAUGAUUAAAAGAAGAUCUUAAUGAA